UUGACAUAUAUUGUCAUAAACAUAACCAAAGAACAUUCAAUUUUAUCCAAAUAUUAGUAAUCAUUGAGUUUAUUUAUUAAAUAUCCGCAAAUGCUGCAUGAAAUUACUUUUCCGCACCAUUGAAUCCAUAGUUUAGAGUAGCGCAAUGAGAAAAAAGUUAGUUCUAUAUCUUUUUCUCGCUGCCGUGUUGCGAUAUUUUCUGAUAAUAUCAAAGUUUUCACGAAUUAUUCGUAACCGAGUUGAGAUUUCAACGCCCUUAAAUUCAUUCAAAAGAGUCCAAGAAGGAGCAUAUCUUUACAAACAUGGAAUCAAUCCGUACAGCGGCGAUUUGGUUCACGAAGUUCCCACCAUCCUUUUGGGACUUUCAUGGGUCCUUAACAAUUGCGAAUGUCUCCUACCGUUCCUGUUCAUCGCUUUAGAUUUACUUACUGCAUUUUUCCUGUACGAAAUGACGAAGAUGGUGCUAAGGAGUCAGUUGGAUCAGGCUCGAAAGGCGAAAUACGCUCCUGAUACGGAGGAUAUUCAACUAAAAACAGACGAUGUGGAACCUCUCUCACAUUACGUAAUGAUGGCCUAUUUAUUCAACCCUUUCUCCGUGGCGAGCUGUGUGGCCCAGACGACAACUGUCUUCAGCAACUUUUUCCUGUCCUUGUACUUUUUCUUCCUCGCCAAAAAACAAAUAACACCUUGCAUGCUUUUCCUUGCCAUCGAAACAAUGCGCAGCAUGUAUCCCGUGGUCCUGCUGGCACCGGCUGUCCUUCAGUUUAGCGAAAAUUCUCUAGCCAAGGCAAUUAAAGUCGUUAAUGCAUUCCUGGCCUUGUGCGGAAUACUAAGUUUCCUGCAUUACUCUAUGAUCGGAAAUUGGAGCUUCUUUGACAGCACAUUGGGAUUCAUAUUCCACUAUCGCGACUUGCAGCCUAACAUCGGCGUAUUCUGGUACUUUUUCACUGAAAUGUUUGAGCAUUUCCGCACCAUGUUCUUAGUUACAUUCCAAAUGAACGCGACAAUUUUAUAUUUAGUUCCUCUGUCGAUAAAAUUGCGCAAGGAUCCAAUGAUGCUGGCGACAAUUUUGCUGGCUUUGAUAGCCAUUUUCCGAUCAUAUCCGUGCGUUGGUGAUAUCGCAUUUUAUUUGGCAUUCCUGCCACUUUGGAAGAAGUGUUGGAAGUUCAUGGCUCAAAAUUUCAUCGUGUUCUGCUUCUUUUUGGUAACAGUUCUAGUCAUGCCGACGCUGUGGCAUUUGUGGAUUUAUGCCGGCUCGGCAAAUGCUAAUUUCUACUUUGGAAUUACAUUAGGGUUCUGCACAGGACAAAUAUUCCUUGUCACCGACCUCCUCUUUGCUCAUGUAAAACGAGAAUUUUGUCUGAAAAAUGGACAAAAGUUGUUUAUUGAUGGCAAAGAGGCGAAGAUUAUUUUAGAAUGAUUUUUCUUGGAAAAACGUAUUAAUUUAAAGACUUUGUAUUAUUUUAUAGAAACGAAGACGUAAAUUUGAGAAUGUUGGAAAAAUGUGAAAUACAUGAGAAUUUGUUUUGUAAA